AGUCUUCCCAAUUUCGCCGCUGUGUUGUCAAGGUGGCCUUCUUCUUUUUUCUCGAAUUACCUAGGCUUUUUUUUUGAACUCGUGGAUCGCUUCGUGUGAACGAAACACGGAGAGAUAUAUUGUUUCAAGUGAAGAAGGAAAGAGCUGGCGUGCGGCUCGUCGUUUUCUUCUGGACUGUCUUCUGCUUUUCUUUUCCGUUGUUGUUGCUGGUGUUUUUGCUGGUGAGCACUCACACAUACUUUUAUUUCCUCACCCUUUCAUCUUCGCGAUUAUGUCCUACGUUCCGAUCGACUCGUUCUUUGACCUAAUGUGUGGCGCAGCCACCUCGACGCCGUCCUCCGCGGUGUCCGGACCUCUUUGCACAGCGUCGUCCGCGGCCACGUCCGCCGCAUGGGAGUUGAGCCCUUUCUUCACGCUGCUCACGGAGCGGCACGUCGCGGUGGAGUGGUGUCAGGUGUGGGCGGCGAACCUGCUCCUCACCUUUUCCAUCGCGGUGGUGGUGUUUUUUCGCAUCUGGCGGACGUGUGGGAAUCUCCCCCCGUCAGACACCUUCUACGAGCCGGCGCUGGGCCGCGUCCUUCAGGCAUUCACCCAGCCCAAUAACGGAGAGGAGGCGCGAGACACACGUCCCUCUCCCUCUCACACGUGGAAUCCUUCACGCAGCUGCGUGCGCGGGAGCCGAGUCCCUCCGUUGCGGGGACGCGGGUCGACUCCAGCGGAUGUCCUUCCCUGUGAUCCAUGCUAUUCCUCGUACCUGUCGGCGGACCCCUCCUCUGCCGCCGCUGCGUCGCCAAUGCCAACUUUUGAGUACGCAGCGGCUGGGGAGGACGACGUCGAUGUCUUCGAUGCGUGUGCCGCAGGCAACAACAAGAAAACACGCCUGGAACGACUUUGGCACGUUGUCUCCGCCUGUGGUGCAUUACGUGCUCUGCUCGAACCACAGCGUAUGGCCAACGAGCGCCUACAUGCCUUUCUUUGCGGCUGCGCCGCGGCGUGGCAGCUGCUGUGGAUGCCGUUUUCUGUCCUACCAUCCUUUUCGUCUUUCCACAGCGGCGGCCAGCAAUCUCUCACGAAGCGAUUAUGGCCACACUGCCAUCCUCCUUCUCGUGAGUGUGAUCAUCGCCCACCACAUCGCGUCGAAGAAGAUGCGUGGACGCAGGAGCUGCUGGACCUGUCCGACGACGAUCAAGAGGACCUCCUGGCGGAGCAGGAGGAGUUGUGGGGUAUUAUAGAAGGCAUCGAGCGACGACGACGGGCCCUGACGGGGCGAAACUUAUUUCGACAGCCGCUGCCGUCUCGCUCUCAACGGCGGCUGGCUAGAAUGUCUGCCUCGUCCGCUGCUUUGAAUCCACCUCAAGGAGCCGCGCCCGCCUCCUCUGCUGUCGCGGUCAUUCCCAUCUUGGCAGCCGGCGUGCCGCUUCGUUUCUCCGUGGAUCGCAAAGCGCGGCCGGUGUUGGUGGACCGGCAAGGCCGGUGGAUACCGGUGGCGGUCAUUGACGAAGAUGGGGAGUACUACAAUUACAACACCGAUCAGGUGCUUCCUCAAAGCUGA